AUGUUUGCAUCUGUGCUGGCUUUCACCGCAAUAGUGUUGAUUACAUGUUACUGCCUCUACCGGCGGUCACGCAGACGUUUGUACGAGUUGGCAGCCAAACUACCGGGUCCAUUCGAUUUACCGGUGAUCGGCAGUAUUCAUCUGGGCUUCCGAAGAGGACCGACGGAAAUUAUAAACUACCUGAUUCAAUUUUUGCACACCGUUAAAACACCGAUGAGGGCCUGGGUGGGUCCUUUUCUGUUCGUCGCCAUUGAUCAACCCGAACAUCUGGCAAUAAUUAUGAACUCUCAGGACUGUAUCAAACGCUCGUACGUGUAUCAAUUUUUCGGAAUCCAGCAAGGACUCUUCAAUGCUUCACCCGAACUGUGGAGAAAAUUACGCAAACAGCUAAAUCCAUCAUUUUCCAUCGCCAACAGUAAAAGCUUUGUACCAACUUUCAACGAAAAGGCAGACAAACUAGUUGCGAAACUAGAGUGUAAAAUCGGACCGGAGAUGUUUGACAUUUUUCACAUGGCCGGAGAUUAUUCCCUGUCAUCGGCAAUGGUCAACGCACUCGGGAUAGACUUGGAUAGUGAUAAUGGCGAGUAUAAAAAACGUUACCUAAGGAAUGCGGAGAGAAUGUUCACGCUAAUGUGGACCCGCAUAUACAAAGCAUGGCUCCAUCCGGAUUUCAUCUACAAACUAACGGCCGCCUAUCGGGAGGAAAAAGCAUGCUAUAAAAUGUUUCAAGAAAUGUCACGAAAAGUGUUUGAAAUACGCAAAGCAGAAAGACGAAAAAAUCCUGUAACAUUAACCAGCAGCACUGUUCGAGACGAGGAUAAUAUUCGUCCUAGGCAAAUUUUCAUUGAAAAGCUUGAACAGAUUGCCGAGGAAACCAACGUUUUGGACGAAGAAGGUGUGAUAGAAAAUCUUGAUACGUUCAUAUUCGCUAGCAACGACACCACGGCUGCCGCUAUAGCUUCUACGCUGCUGCUGAUUGCGAUGCAUCCCAACGUUCAGGAGCGCCUCUAUCAAGAAAUAACGGAAGCACUCCCACGCGACUACAUUGAAUAUGAAGAUUUAUCCAAGCUGGUCUACUUGGAGAUGGUUAUCAAAGAAUCGAUGCGUUUGAUUCCAGCCGGUGCCGCCAUAGCUCGCGUGUGCGAGAAAGAGAUUCAAGUCGGAGAAUAUAUCAUUCCAGCAAACUCUCAAAUAGUAAUUCCGAUAUUUAAAGUGCAUCGGGAUAAAAACAUUUGGGGUGAGCGAUCGGAGCAAUUUGAUCCGGAUAAUUUUGCCCCAGAAAACUGCGCAAAGCGCCAUCCAUACGCGUUUCUAGGCUUCAGUGCGGGCAUUAGAAAUUGCAUAGGCAUCAAAUACUCCCUCAUUAAUUUAAAAAUUGUCCUUGCAAAACUUGUGAAGAGCUACUGCUUUUCCACUGAUCUUCGGCUAGCCGACCUCAAGUACGUAGCUUCAAUUGUAAUGAAAAUAGAGAACGGUUAUAUGAUACGGAUUGAACAGCGAAGUAAGAAGUAUUGCACCCCUAGCUAG